GGAAGUCCCGCCUGCCGAGCCGCGGCUGUUGUUGUGACAGGGACCGUGACAGCGACAGGCCCGGCACGAGCCCCCGCCCCCCGCACACGGGCCUCGUCGCCUCUGGCUUCGCUCCCCGCCCGCCUGCACCAUGAAGUGGAUGUUCAAGGAGGACCACGCGCUGGAGCACAGAUGUGUCGAGUCCGCAAAAAUCCGAGCCAAAUAUCCCGAUCGUGUCCCGGUUAUAGUGGAGAAGGUCUCAGGAUCUCAGAUUGUUGAUAUUGACAAGAGGAAGUACUUAGUUCCGUCUGACAUCACCGUGGCCCAGUUCAUGUGGAUCAUCAGGAAGAGGAUUCAACUGCCAUCUGAGAAGGCAAUAUUCCUCUUUGUAGACAAGACUGUCCCACAAUCCAGCUUAACUAUGGGACAACUUUAUGAGAAGGAAAAGGAUGAGGAUGGAUUCUUGUAUGUUGCCUACAGUGGAGAGAACACAUUUGGUUUCUGAAUGGUGGGUCUUGGCUACUGUACCAUCCUGCUGUGUAUCUUGUAAAUAGCUGAUCAUUUUCUGUUCUGACAUCCUCAGAAGUUCCUUCUAUAUACAUGCAUUUGUAACUGGAUUUAUUUCUUAAUAUAUUGCUAGGUCUUGUUUUAUUAGACUGUUAAAUUAUAAGAAGAAAGUUUUGUUGGUUUUGUGCAUUUUUUUUUCUCAUGGCUAUGACUUCCCAGAGCCUCAGUUCUUUAGGGGGGAUACACUUGAUGACAUUGAUUAAAUAAUAAAGCAGAGUAGUUGGGCAACUAAAACAGGAAGAGAAGAACACACAUUUAUUCUGUUUUGAGAUGUCAGUUUAAGAAAAAUAAAAACAUUAAGUUACUAUUGGGAACAUUAGAUUUGCUAGCUUAUCCAAAGCCAGGGGCAAGAUGCUGAUCGUGUUGAAUUGAGCUAGUACGUUCCUCUUUCUCAAUUAACGAACAAGUACAAUAAAAAUUCCUGUCACAAACA